AUGCCAAAUCCAAGAUAUUUAACAGAAUCAGAAAGAGCAAAAGUUCUUGAAUUUCAAGAUAUGAUUCAUUAUAGUCCAAGAUACCCUGAUGAUAACUAUGAAUAUAGACAUGUAAUGUUACCUAAAAAUAUGUUAAAACUGAUUCCACAAGAUUAUUUUAAUCCUGAAACAGGAACUUUAAGAAUUUUAUUAGAAGAAGAAUGGAGAGGAUUAGGUAUUACUCAAAGUUUAGGAUGGGUUCAUUAUGAAACUCAUGCUCCAGAGCCACAUAUUUUAUUAUUUAGAAGACCUUUGAAUUAUGGUCAAUAA